AUAAUAAAUAAUAUAAUAUGUUCAUCACUUUUAAUGUGCUUAAUCCAAACCCACCCAAAAACGCCGUCGUCUCUUCAAUCUGAAAACUUCAUAACCGCCCGAGCAACACCGAGUCUCACCGAGUUCAUUGAUAAUGGCGGAGAAACCCCAACCGGUUCAGGUACUGUACUGCGGAGUUUGCGGGUUACCCGCUGAAUACUGCGAGUUCGGACCCGAUUUUGAGAAAUGCAAGCCCUGGUUGAUCGAGAACGUACCGGAUCUUUACCCGGAUCUUCGUAAAGAGGCUGGUCUGGAUGACGCUGAUAACGUUUCUAAUCAGCUUCAGUCCACUUCAAUUUCCUCCAGUGCAGGUUCUUCGAAACCUAAGGAAGAAGUGAAACGUCUACCUGGUGGGAAGAUAAAAAAGAAAGAGAAGCUGGAAGUUAUUAUUGAGAAGAUGACUCGUAACAAGCGAAAAUGUAUCACCACUGUGAAAGGCCUAGAACUUUUUGGGGUUAAACUAAAUGAUGCAUCGAAGAAGCUUGGCAAAAAGUUUGCUACUGGAGCUUCUGUUGUCAAGGGCCCCACGGAGAAGGAGCAAAUUGAUGUUCAAGGAGACAUUGCUUACGACAUAGUUGAGUUCAUCACCGACACCUGGCCAGAUGUCCCGGAGAGUGCGAUUUUCUUCAUUGAAGAAGGGAAAAAGGUUCCAGCUGUGUAGAUGCGGAAUGUCUACCAUCAGAGAGACUUUCAAUGAUUUUUUUUCUGAGCGGAUUAUUAUUAUUAGUAUUAGUAUUGUUAUUAUACUGUCUUGUCAAAAAAAAUAUUUUGUAUACGUCGGAUCGUGUCUUUAUGAGUUGUCCUUAUUUUAUGCCUUGAGUCUGACAGUAAGUAAAAUUACAAAUUGAUUUUAGAUACAAGAUGUAUUUCGAAAAUUGCUAUGCACAAAAGUUGUAUAAAUUUAUGCCUUUUCCAA